AUGCAGGGAAACAUUCAUGUCUUCCUGCUUAUUGCAGCAUGCAGCUUCACAGCUAUACUUUGUCUUCACUUACCUGUAACUGAUCAGGAGAGGAAAAGUGCUAAAGGAAUCUUUAUCGAAGUAAAUGGCACACAGUUUGUUAAAGAUAGCCAGCCAUUUUAUAUAAAUGGCUUAAACGCUUAUUGGCUUAUGAGUAGGGCUUCCGAGCCAACAGAAAAAGAAAAAGUCUCUAUCGCUUUGCAACAGGCUUCUUUAUUAGGUACCAAUGUUGUAAGGACUUGGGCAUUCAGUGAUGCUGAUGACUACAUUCCUCUACAGACUUCUCCAGGAUUUUACGAUGAGAAAAUGUUUAAGGGGUUAGAUUUUGUGCUAUCUGAGGCAAAGAAGAAUGGAGUUUUUCUCAUCCUAAGCUUAGUUAAUAAUUAUGAGGAGUUUGGAGGCAAGAAACAGUAUGUAGAAUGGGCAAGAGAGAAAGGUCAAUCCAUAUCUUCUCCAGAUGAUUUCUUCACUAAUGAUCUUGUGAGGAGAUUCUACAAGAACCAUGUCAAAACCAUUCUUACAAGAAACAACUCGAUCUCUGGGAUACAAUACAGGGAUGAUCCUAUCAUAUUAGCAUGGGAACUGAUCAACGAGCCUCGAUGCAAUAGUGAUAUCUCUGGAGACACAAUACAAGUUUGGAUUGAAGAGAUGUCAGCUUAUGUUAAAACAAUUGACAAAAAUCACCUCCUUGAAAUUGGAUUAGAAGGGUUCUAUGGAGAUUCCAUUGUUGAGAGGAAGCAAUUUAAUCCUGGCGAUGAUGUAGUUGGCUCCGAUUUUAUUUCCAAUAAUCUUGUUCCUGAAAUUGAUUUUGCCACAAUACAUAUUUAUCCGGAACAAUGGAUCCCAAGCUUGAGUAUAAUAGACCAAUUUGAUUUCGUUCAAUCAUGGAUCAAAGUGCACAUUCGCGACUCCGACAAAAUCCUUGGCAAGCCGCUUUUGAUCACAGAGUUUGGUCGGCCAUGGCUAAAUUCAGGGUUGAUUAGUGUGAAUGAGAGAGAUAGUCUCUAUCAAAUAGUAUAUGAUAAUAUAUAUGCCUCAGCAAGGGAAGGUAGUGCCGGAGUCGGAAGUUUAUUUUGGCAACUUUUGGUUCAUGGCUUGGAUGGCCUUAGAGAUGGUUAUGAGGUUAUACUAUCUGAAGCUCCAUCUACAUCUAUUAUAAUAUAUCAGCAGUCUCAAAGGCUUUUAACCCUCAAUAAACUCAGUGAUUCUUCUUGA